CUGAAGUCCUUUCCCGACACCGGCUCGCUUAACCUUGACCUUGAAGAACAGAAUCCCAACGUUCAAGAUAUUCUAGGAGAACUUAGAGAAAAGGGUAUUUGUGUGUGUGUUUUUUAUGUGGGGAGGAGGGAAAUGUGAACUUGACAUCUACGGUGUUGCGUGGUGUGCGGGGCAGUUGCUGCGGUUCCGGAAAUGUUACCUGUGUGCAUUUUCCACCCCCACCCCCCCCCCCCGCCAGAGCUGCUGCCCAGCUCCUGGCCCGUCUCAGAAUACCAAGCUUGUCAACAGCCCGCAAGCCGCUCCUCACUGCUCAGCUCCGUGAGGCCAUGGGCUCUGCCCGUUCAGGUUGCAUCUCUAGAGCGUAGAACAUUCCCUGGCACAGAGUAGAUGCUCAGAACUGUGUGUUUAAAGUAUCACCAGUUGAGUUAUUUUGAGCUUGAACUGAAAAUUAUUGAGAAAAUUCUCGUAAAUGAUCAGAGAAGACAUAGAAAGACGAGGAGGGCCGUUCCUCCCAGAUCUCUCUGUCUGGAGACAGGUGCUGGUGCCCCUUCAAGAUGGAGCCUGUGCUGCCACAGGGCCAGUAGCCUGGCCAUUCCCCCCACACAACACAGAGUCUUUGGGAGCCCUGGGAAGCAAACCCAGGACGUCUUUGUCCUGGUGGUUAUCUUGACCAGGGUCCAGAGAAGCCACCCGAGUGCUGCUUCUGAGGGCCAGGAUCCAGCAGAAGCCAGAAGAGACCACUGACAGGGGCCCGUGGAGGCUGCAGAGAGAAGCCUAUGGUGACCACAGACUCACCUUUCCUAUUGCUCGGGGGGUGUGUGGGCAUUUCUGAUGCCUGGGAAUGCUGGAGACACUCUCCAAAGAUUGUCGUAUUGAUGCACACCGGUGGGGCCCCAUCCUGGUGGGUGGCCACCCACUUGACCACCGGCCAUGUUGGUGGCCGCGACUGGCGGGCGACUGGUGGAGUGGAGACACUGGGGAGUCCGUCUUUGACGGAUCAAAGCGGAAGAUCCGCAGCUGUAAAUACGAAACGGCAUCUUGGAUUGUGUUUUCACAUCAGUGGUGGAGACGGUGGCCUGGGUGAGGGAGCUCCUAACGAGUUGUGUCGGUUCUUGAAUGAGCAGUGAAUGAGUGUGAGGCGUCAGCCAUGCUGCCACUGGAGUGCCAGUACCUGAAUAAAAACGCCCUGACGACCCUCGCCGGACCCCUCACUCCCCCAGUGAAACAUUUUCAAUUAAAGAGGAAGCCGAAGAGUGCCACGCUGAGGGCAGAGCUCCUGCAGAAAUCCACCGAGACGGCCCAGCAGCUGAAGCGGAGCGCGGGCGUGCCCUUCCACGCCAAGGGCCGGGGACUGCUCCGGAAGAUGGACACCACAACCCCGCUCAAAGGCAUCCCGAAGCAGGCGCCCUUCAGAAGCCCCACCACCCCCAGUGUCUUCAGCCCCGCCGGGAACCGGACCCCCAUCCCGCCUUCGAGGACCCCCCUGCGGAAGGAGAGGGGAGUGAAGCUGCUCGACAUUUCUGAGCUGGACAUGGUGGGAGCCGGCCGAGAGGCAAAGAGGAGGAGGAAGACGCUGGAUGCGGAAGUGGUGGAAAAGCCAGCCAAGGAGGAGACCGUCGUGGAGAACGCCACCCCAGAUUACGCGGCCGGCCUGGUGUCCACACAGAAACUCGGAUCCUUGAACAACGAGCCUGCGCUGCCCUCCACGAGCUACCUGCCUGCCACCCCCAGCGUGGUCCCGGCCUCGUCCUACAUCCCCAGCUCCGAGACCCCACCAGCACCGUCUUCUCGGGAGGCUGGCCUGCAGGCCAGCCGGCCGCCUGAGGAGCCCAGUGCCCCAAGCCCUGCGCUGCCAGCACAGUUCAAGCAGAGGGCACCCAUGUACAACAGCGGCCCGAGCCCUGCCGCGUCCACACCCUCAACGCCCACCUCCCCCCUGACGCCCACCACACCCCCGGCCGUCACCCCGGCCGCCCAGACGCCUCCGGUGGCCAUGGUGGCCCCACAGACCCAGCCCCCUGCCCAGCAGCAGCAGCCCAAGAAGAACCUGUCCCUCACGAGAGAGCAGAUGUUUGCCGCGCAGGAGAUGUUCAAGACGGCCAACAAAGUCACACGGCCGGAGAAGGCCCUCAUCCUGGGCUUCAUGGCCGGCUCCCGAGCAGCCCCUGCCCUCCGCAGAGAACCCGUGCCAGGAGCAGGGCGACGUGAUCCAGAUCAAGCUCAGCGAGCACACGGAGGACCUGCCCAAGUCGGACGGCCAGGGCAGCACCACCAUGCUGGUGGACACCGUGUUCGAGAUGAACUAUGCCACAGGCCAGUGGACGCGCUUCAAGAAGUACAAGCCCAUGGCCAACGUGUCCUAGGGGCCGCCCGCCGCCCGUGCCGGCCUUCGCCGUGGGGCUUGGCGGGACGGCCGCUCCUCGGGCUCCACCGGGCCCCAGCCCGCUAAAGCUUUAGGUUCAUUUCUCGGGGGUGUUCUGGACUCGUUUUUUAAAUUUUACUAUGGGUUACCUUUUGUGUGAUUUCGGAUACUUUUUUGGAUUCAAUAUUACAUUUUCGAAUGUUCAAGUUAACCAGAAAAGUUAUAACUUCCGAAUUUUAGCGACAGCUCUGCUUAUUAGACUUUUAUCUUUUUUAUUUUUUCUUAAAUUCCACUGACCACGAAGGAGGGCUUUUCCUUGCUAGUGCGACGCUCUCCCCGCCCCCCGAGGUUGAGGGGACCAAAGGGAUGCCUGGCGCGGUGGACAGGGUGAGGUAGGGCUGCCGAGUACCCCAGGGCGGGAGAUGCGGGCCGCGCUCACCGCCCGCGGCUUUUGUAUUUGUCUUUUGUACGGUUGUGAGCGUUGAGACCGGUCUUCUGGUACCUGUUUUCAUUGUAAAACUAUCUGAGUAAUUAAAGUCUGGCUUUUCUAAAGAAA